AUCAUAACUUUCGGGUUAAUUAGUCGGAUUAAAUUGAAUUUCUCGAACCCAAAUCAAAAACCCUUGGGUUUCAAUCUCCAAUCUCCGAUCAGAGUUAAUUAGUUAGUUAUUACAGUUGAAAUGGAUCAGCAAGAGGAUGAUAAUCGUGUCACCGGCGAAUCUCCGGCCAAGCAAAAUGAUGAGGAAGCUGUAGCUCGACUUGAGGAAAUUAAGAAGUCGAUGGAUGCGAAAAUCGCUCUUCGUCAAAGCAAUUUGAAUCCUGUUAGACCUGAUUCUGGAUUCCUUAGGACAUUGGAUUCGAGCAUCAAACGUAAUACAGCAGUAAUUAAAAAAUUAAAGCAGAUAAAUGAAGAGCUGAAAGAAGGUUUAAUGGACGAGUUGAAGAAUGUCAACCUUAGCAAAUUUGUUAGUGAAGCUGUGAUAGCAAUUUGUGAUGCAAAGCUUAGAACUUCUGACAUACAAGCAGCAGUUCAGAUUUGCUCUUUGCUUCACCAAAGGUACAAAGACUUUUCGCCUAGUCUGGUACAAGGUCUGCUGAAGGUCUUUUUUCCUGGAAAAUCAGGGGAAGACUUGGAUGUGGACAGGAACUCCAAGGCUAUGAAGAAGCGGAGUACCCUGAAAUUGUUUUUGGAACUCUACUUUGUUGGAGUUAUAGAAGAAACUGGUUCUCUCAUCAAUAUUAUUAAGGAUCUUACUAGUAUGGAACACUUUAAAGAUCGGGAUGCUACUCAGGCAAAUUUAACUCUCCUCGGUAGUUUUGCUCGACAAGGGAGAGUUUUUCUGGGACUUCCCCUCUCUGGACCAGAACUUCAUGAAGAGUUUUUCAAGGGCUUGAAUAUCACAGCAGAUCAGAAGAAAAUAUUCAGGAAAGCUUUUAAUACAUAUUACGAUGCUGUAUCAGAAUUGCUUCGAUCUGAGCAUGCUUCUCUUCGCCAAAUGGAGCACGAAAACGCAAAAACGUUGAAUGCUAAAGGAGAACUCAGUGAUGAAAAUGUUGCUUCAUAUGAAAAGCUUAGAAAAUCUUAUGACCAUUUGUAUCGCAAUGUUUCAUCUUUAGCUGAAGCCCUUGAUAUGCAACCUCCGGUGAUGCCAGAGGAUGGCCACACUACUAGGGUUACCACUGGGGAGGAUGCCUCAUCACCUGCUGCUGGGAAAGAUUCUUCAGUUCCUGAAGCUUUGUGGGAUGAUGAAGAUACUAGAACAUUCUAUGAAUGUUUACCAGAUCUUAGAGCAUUUGUUCCAGCAGUAUUAUUGGGAGAAGCGGAGCCCAAAGUGAAUGAACAAUCUGCAAAAACUCAAGAACAAUCCAGUGAGGUGGCUACUGAAUCAGAUCAAGGUCAACCCAUUCAAGAUACUGCCGAGUCAUCUGCAGACUCUGGUGCUUUGCAGGAGGGGAAAAGUGCCGAGAAAGGAAAGGAUAAGGAUGAAAGAUCAGAAAAAGAUAAAGGUAAAGAAAAGGAUACAGAGAAAAAAGGUGAAAAUGAAAAGGAGAAACUCAAAGGUGUUGAAGGAACAAACCUGGAUGCUUUACUGCAGAGGCUUCCUGGCUGUGUCAGUCGUGAUCUUAUUGAUCAAUUGACGGUAGAGUUUUGUUAUUUAAAUUCAAAGUCAAAUCGGAAAAAGCUUGUGAGGGCAUUGUUUAGUGUACCCAGAACAUCUCUAGAAUUGCUCCCAUAUUACUCACGGAUGGUUGCCACACUGUCAACUUGUAUGAAGGAUGUCUCUUCCAUGCUCUUGCAGAUGCUAGAGGAGGAGUUCAAUUUCUUGAUAAAUAAGAAGGAUCAAAUGAACAUUGAGACAAAGAUCAGGAAUAUUAGAUUUAUUGCGGAGCUCUGCAAGUUCAAAAUUGCACCAGCUGGACUUGUCUUUAGUUGUUUGAAGGCUUGUUUAGAUGAUUUCACACAUCAUAACAUCGACGUUGCUUGCAAUCUUCUUGAGACGUGUGGUCGUUUUUUGUAUCGAUCUCCUGAAACAACCGUGCGUAUGACUAAUAUGUUAGAGAUAUUGAUGCGCUUGAAAAAUGUCAAAAAUUUGGAUCCCCGGCAUAGCACCCUUGUAGAAAAUGCUUACUACCUGUGCAAACCACCUGAAAGAUCUGCACGUGUGUCUAAAGUCCGCCCCCCAUUGUACCAGUAUAUCAGAAAAUUGCUUUUCUCAGAUCUGGAGAAGUCUACCAUUGAGUAUGUGCUGAGGCAACUUCGUAAAUUACCAUGGAGUGAAUGUGAUGCAUACCUUUUAAAAUGCUUUAUGAAGAUUCACAGGGGGAAAUAUGGCCAAAUUAACUUAAUUGCUUCUCUUACUGCUGGUUUGAGCCGUUAUCAUGAUGAAUUUGCUGUUGCUGUUGUUGAUGAGGUUUUGGAGGAGAUUAGGCUUGGGCUAGAAUUAAAUGAUUACAGUAUGCAGCAGAGGCGCAUUGCUCAUAUGCGAUUUUUAGGAGAGCUUUACAACUAUGAACUCGUGGAUUCCUCUUUAAUUUUUGAGACGCUCUAUUUAAUCCUUGUUUAUGGUCAUGACACACCAGAGAGGGAUGUCCUGGAUCCACCAGAGGAUUGUUUCCGCAUCAGGAUGGUCAUCACUCUUCUUGAGACCUGUGGACACUACUUUGAUCGAGGCUCUUCUAGAAGAAAACUUGAUCGAUUUUUAAUGCAUUUUCAGCGGUAUAUUCUCAGCAAGGGUGCAUUACCCCUUGACGUUGAAUUUGACAUACAGGACUUAUUUGCGGAACUACGUCCUAGCAUGACUCGGUAUCUAUCCGUUGAAGAAGUUAAUGCCGCACUUGUAGAAUUGGAGGAGAAUGAACAAACAGGUUUCGUUGACAAGGUCAAUAAUAGUGAAAAGCACGACGGUGAAAAACCUUCUAGCAGGAAGGCUUCCAUUGCUGUCUCUGCUAAUGGACAAAAUGCUGUGAAUGGUAAUGAGGAAAAUGGUGGAAUUCAUGAGGACAUUGGUGACAGUGACACUGAUUCAGACAGCAGCACCAUAGACCACGAGGUACAAGAUGAAGACGAUUUGGAUGAAGAGAAUCAUGGCGAUGGUUGUGACACGGAGGAGGAAGAAGAUGAUGAUGGAGAUGGACCAGUUUCCGAUGAGGAUGAGGAAGUCCAUGUCAGACAAAAAGCGGCUGAGGUGGACCCUGUGGAAGCAGAACAUUUCGAGCAGGAGCUAAGGGCAGUAAUGCAGGAAAGCAUGGAGCAGCGGAGACUAGAGCUGAGAGGUCGUCCAAUGAUAAACAUGGCAAUACCCAUGACCAUGUUCGAGGGAUCCACUAAAGAUCACCAUGGAAAGGGGAUUGGAGGUGAAAUGGAUGACGAGGCAAUGGAUGAUGAGUCAGGAGGAAGCAAGGAGGUUCAGGUGAAAGUACUUGUGAAGCGCGGGAACAAGCAGCAGACUAAACAGAUGUCCAUUCCAAAGGAUUGCUCUCUCGUCCAAAGUACAAAACAGAAAGAAGCAGCAGACUUUGAAGAGAAACAAGAUAUCAAAAGGCUUGUCCUGGAGUAUAACGAUAGAGAAGAGGAGGAGAAUAACGGGCUGGGAACCCAAACGAUGAAUUGGUUGCCUAGUGGUAGCAGUAGAGUCGGUAGCCGUGAAGGUAGUGGCGGUAGAGGUGCUGGAUCACGUUAUAGGCAUCAGUAUCAUGCAGGUAGUGGUUUUUAUCAUGGAAGAAGAAGGUGAGUGACGGCAGCAGAAAAUGUUAUUGUUGACUCGUUGCCACUUUCACUCUUAUUACCGACAAAUUCUGCAGCAGAAGAAAGUAGUUAACACCAUGCUACUUUUGUCCUGAUUAUGGACAUAAAUGGUUCCUUAACAGCAAAAGAAACAGAAUUAUAUUGCACUUGGCUGGUUCUUAAGUAUUGUACAUUGGUGCCCGUUAUCUUACAGUCAAAGAAGUGCGCUGUUCCCCCGUUGAGAUCUGGUGAAGGGAUACGCUAAAUGCCGAUCCUACCAUAAAUAGUAAAUACUCAAUCUGGUUGUGUUGAAUUAUGUUUUCUUGCCGAAGGAUUAUCUGCAGAACGAUCAUCUCCAGGAAUUGUCAUCGGACAUACUCCGUGCAGUUUAUGUGAAGGUUGUCUAUUAUUGGUUUACAUGUGUGAAGCGGUACUGUAAUUUAGCUUACGUAUUACUUCUGAAUUUUACUGUAUAUUUUGUCCAAAGUGAGAUUCCUGCUUCUGGUUUUUGUAUAUGUAGACUGUCUAAUGUCUAAUAUCCGACCUAAAUGACUAUAAGAAAAGUAAGUUUUCGUAUUUAA